UACAGGAGCACCAAGGAUAUGACUCCAUCAGACUACGUGACAAGCGCCAAUACAAUUCCUGGCGCAUCGCUGACCGACUAUUUCCAGUGUCUGUCUGAUUCGCUAGAAUGUGAAAUAAGCGACUCCAGCCCUGUGCAACGCAGAUUAAAGCCCCUUAAUGGUGGUGGGUUUCGACUGGAGCUGGUGAUGACUCUCCAAUUUCUUCGAUCUACGUGGGUGGUGAAGUAUGCGUUUGAUCUCGAGCCUGUGCCGUUGGAGCGGAUUGAUGUGGUGGAGUCAAAUUUGCGUGACCAGCAGGAUGCGUUGGAGCGGAUUCGUGGAGAGCUGAGUGCCGCACAAACGCCCCCUUUUCUUCGGCUCGAGGCAUCUCGCACACGGCAGUACUCGACACUCUCCUGUCUCGAGUCGAGAUUGUGCUGGAACAAGGCUCACUGUGCAGAGUUUGCUGUGAAUGGCGAGGAUGGGGUGAUUAAGAUUCUCCGGCAGGGGGUUUACAGAAUUGGGGGAGUCGUCAACUGUGCGCCCACAAGCUACGGCAAGACUGUCAUGUUGCUAAAGAAUGGCGUCUGCAUCCAGCAAAACUACUGCGCAUACAUGGGAAGCAACCAUUAUGUGUCCACAUCUCUGGAUGCAAUCGUACUUUUGGAGGAAGGAGACAUGCUGACGAUCACCUGUGGCACCAAGACUGUCACGACCUCGUACUGCUCGAUCGUUGGUAUCGUAGCUUGA